AAAAAUAACAAGCAUGAAAUGAAAUGUCAAUCAAUGACUCGUUUGUGAUUGCAAAGAAAAUGGUGCUAUUAGGUGAAAAGAAGUCCUUUUCAAAAUUAAAGGAAAAAGAAAAAAAUGCGACAAGGCAAAUCUCGAAGCCUCGCCUUUGUAUCGAUAUAUAAUUUCCCCGAAAUCGUCGCCCAUCCAAUGGAAUGUGAAACAGAAGACUCCCCUCUUCCCUCCCUAGAUUCCCCCCUCCCUCCUCCCCCGACGAAAACUUCUCUCUCUCUUUCUCUCAUACCUUUUCCAUCUCCGGUGCUGUUUCCGGCUGCCGUUACCUUCUGACUGGCUGUCCUCAGUUAUGUUAGGUGGCCAUGGUUUCUGAAGCAUUAUUUUGAAGAACUUUUAGUCCAGAAAUAGGUCAUGAAUUUUUCUGGCUAAUGAUUGGGUUGACAGUUAAUUAUUUCAGUUUGUUUUUUUUCUCCGAAAGCUAGUUAACCAGGCAAGCAGAGAUGAGUGUAGUAGGUUUCGAUAUUGGAAAUGAGAAUUGUGUUAUUGCUGUGUCGAGACAACGCGGUAUCGAUGUUCUUCUGAAUGAGGAAUCACAACGAGAGACCCCUGCAGUGAUAUACUUUGGGGAAAAGCAGCGGUUUUUGGGUUCUGCAGGUGCUGCUUCUGCAACAAUGAACCCAAGAUCCACAAUAUCUCAGGUAAAGAGAUUGAUUGGACGUAACUUCAGUGAGCCAGAUGUUCAAAUUGAGCUCAAAAUGUUUCCUUUCAAAACAUCUGAAGCCCUUGAUGGCAGCAUUUUGGUUCAUGUGAAAUACUUGGGGGAGACUCAUACAUUUACUCCAGUUCAGAUCAUGGGAAUGCUCCUUGCACAUCUGAAAGAUGUAGCUGAAAAAAAUUUGGGAGCACCAUUUUCAGAUUGUGUUAUUGGUAUUCCAUCGUAUUUUACAGAUUUGCAGAGACGUUUAUAUUGGAGUGCUGCCGUUAUUGCUGGUUUAAAGCCUUUGAGACUCAUGCAUGACUGUACUGCAACUGCACUUAGCUAUGGAAUUUAUAAAACAGAUUUCUCAAAUACAGGUCCAAUAUAUGUUGCAUUUGUUGAUAUUGGUCAUUGUGAUACCCAGGUCUCUAUUGUAUCAUUUGAACCUGGACAUAUGAGGAUCAUGUCACAAACCUACGAUAGAGAUUUAGGAGGUAGAGACUUUGAUGAGGUUCUAUUCAGCCACUUUGUAGCAGAAUUUAAGAAGAAUUAUGAUAUUGAUGUAAAUUCAAAUGUCAAGGCUUCUAUCAGAUUGCGGGCAGCUUGUGAGAAGCUAAAGAAGGUUUUGAGUGCAAAUUUGGAGGCAGUUCUUAAUAUUGAAUGCCUGAUGGACGAGAAAGACGUUAAGGGGUUUAUCAAAAGAGAAGAAUUUGAAAAGCUUGCUUCUGGGUUACUGGAGAAGAUUAGCAUUCCCUGUACUAGAGGCUUAGCUGAUGCAGGAUUGGCUGUAGAAAACAUCCAUUCUGUUGAGCUUGUUGGAUCAGGGUCAAGGAUCCCUGCGAUAUCAAGGUUAUUGACUUCUGUAUUUAAAAAAGAACCCAGUCGCAAACUCAAUGCUAGUGAAUGUGUAGCUCGUGGUUGUGCUCUACAGUGUGCCAUGCUUAGCCCAGUUUUCCGGGUCAGAGAAUAUGAGGUUCAAGAUUCAUUUCCCUUCUCAAUUGGCUUCCAAUCAGAUGCAGGCCCAAUUAGUUUAGGAUUAAAUAAUGUACUAUUUCCCAAAGGCCAGCACAUUCCAAGUACUAAAAUUCUAUCAUUCCAGCGCAACAGUUUAUUCCACUUGGAAGCAGUCUAUAGUAACCCGGAUGAACUGCCUCCUCACAUGUCUUCAAAAAUUGGUUGCUUUACCAUUGGUCCUUUCCAAGGUUCAAACAACUCGAAUUCAAGGGUUAAAGUCAGAGUUCAAUUAAAUAUGAACGGCAUCAUUACUGUUGAAUCAGCUACAUUGGUAGAGGAUACUAUAGAUCAACAAAUGCCAAGGAGAGAUGCUACUUACUCGAACACAGAGAAAAUGGAGACCGAGUUUGUUGAUUCUUCUCAUUCAGAGUCUGAUGUUUCAAGAAAAGCUAGGGGCACAAGGAGGAUUGACAUACCAGUUAGUGAACAUAUAUAUGGUGGAAUGACCAAGGCUGAGCUCUUAGAAGCCCAAGGAAGAGAACUCCAACUGGCCCAACAGGAUAAAAAUAUGGAACAGGCCAAAAAUAAGAAGAAUGCUUUGGAGUCUUAUGUCUAUGAGAUGAGGAAUAAGCUUUUCAACACAUAUCGGAGUUUCGCUAGUGAUCAAGAGCGAGAAGGCAUCUCCUCAAGCCUCCAGCAAACAGAGGAGUGGCUUUAUGAGGAUGGAGACGAUGAGACAGAGAGUGCUUAUUCCUCUAAGUUAGACGGUCUUAAGAAGUUGGUGGAUCCUAUAAUUAACCGAUACGAAGAUGAAGAAGCUAGAGCACAAGCUAAAGCACAUCUGUUAAAGCGUAUUUCUGAUUACAGAAACUCUGGGGAUUCACUUUCACCUCAAGUUCGAGCAUUGAUCUUUGAAGAGUGCGAUAAAGUAGAGCAGUGGUUAACAGAGAAAAACCAACAACAAGAGUUGUUAGCAAAAAACACCGACCCUUUACUAUGGUCAAGUGAGAUCAGAACUCAGGAAGAGGAUUUCGACAAGACAUGCCAGAGGAUCUUGGGACCUGUGUCUUCCCAUACAAAUUCAGGAGACUCCAAGGAAACAAACCAUCACAAUUCUUCUGAUAACCACCAUUCUUGAAAGGCAGCAUUGUUUCUUCUUAAGAUUAAUCAAAGAUUUUGAUUAUUAUUCUCUGACAGAAGUGAAUGAUAUCUCCUGCCACUGUUUUAAGCGUCCAGAAUGAAGAGUAGUACAACUGCAGGUCAUGACAGAUAACCAAUCAGCUCGUGUUUUUAUUUCCUCUUCUUCUUUUCGUUUGUCUUUUUUCUUUUUUCUUUGUUGGGGGCGGGUUUCACAUUCACUUAAAACCCUUCAUGAGUGUUGUAUCAUUCCAGUGAGGGCUGUCUUCAGUUUUGCAACCAUUUGAUUGACGGCAACCCUUAUUGAAUUAUUGCCUUUCUAUUCUUUGUCUGUUGUCAGAUAUUGAUUUUGUGAAUCCUCAUCAUACCUGACACAUAUGUACACAUUCCAUGGUUAUCAUGAGCCACAAAGGAAAAAGAGAUGAUUUUAGCUUCAUCAAGACAUUGACGUUUGAUCCACUGCUCAAGACAUGCAUUUCCCUCGGAUUAAAAAGAAUCUAUAUUUGGUAUGUGAGCAAGUCCUGCAUUAGUUUCUAAACCUGUGAGCAUUUUUUGUAGGACAUUGAACAUGAAAUGUGAGCUGUAAUAUAGAUUUUCUAAUUGCAUGUAUGUGUUCCUGUUGAUGUCAAUUUUAGAUUUUCCGGUUGCACGUAUGUUUUCCUAUCAAUGUCAAUUCAAGCGCAGUCUAGUGUAUAAAAUACCAAGGGGAAUUGGAUGUAAUAGAAUUGUAUUAAUGUGGUUGAGGUGUAUGUUCCAUUUCAAA